UUAUUAAUUCAUUUAGAAGCCAAUUAUACAUGAACAACAAGUCUUUCUCAGUUUGACUUCUUAAUUGCUACCCAUUUCUCCCUCUUCCUCCAUCAUCUCUGCUAUCAAAUCUUCCAUCAUUUCAUACAUGGUAUGCUCCUCUGCUCCUCUGCUACUCUGCUGCAAGCCCAAGCUAGCUUUUUAAGAUCAAGCAAUAGCCUUUAUGACAGUGUUCUUCUAAACAGAUGAUCAUAAACCUUGUAAGAAACAAAUUUGAAGAUUGAACAAGAACAUUGAAGAAGAAUUUCGUGUGCUUAUUGGAUCUCAGGUAUGGAUUUCUGGGUUCAUCCUCUCUCUCUCUCCUAUCUUUUUCUCUCUCUUUUGACUCAAAUGGCUGAUGGGUUUUCUUGUUUUCAAUGAAUUAGGCCUUGAUGGAAGGUCAAACACAAGAUUCAACCAAUGUCACAGACAUCAAGGCAUCUACAGAUGUUUUCAGGCCAAGUAGUAUGGGAGUGAAGAAAGCUCUUACAAUGAUACCUCCUCAUAUCAUAGCAGAGGCGAUUUCCACCAUCACUGGCCUUGAUCUAAGAUGGUCAGGUCCUAUAACACCAGCAGAAAGGCAAUAUGUAGAACAAUAUGUAUUAGCCAAGUAUCCACAAUAUGCACAACUAGAUGGAGAAAAGAUAGAUCUUUCUUGCCUUUGCAUCAACGAGGACUCGGCCGAUCAAACCACGUCGGAUGAUUGGCGAAAGUCGCCGAGAAACAUCCCGAGAGAGCCUUCGACACCGUCGUUCGGAAGCAACCUUCCGAACUUGGAAGGAACCCCAUUGGAGCCAUCAAGAUUGCUAGAUAUUCUCACCAUGAAAUGUUCAUUUCCAGGGAGUUUCAUAUCAAUUCCUGAAAUUCAAGCUCAAAACAAAGUUUUGAAGCAUUGUGGACUGCCUGAUGAAGAGUAUCUUGUUCUGUUCAUACCAAGCUAUAGGCUAGCCAUGAUGCUUGUAGGAGAAGCUUACCCUUUUUUCAGAGGGAAUUACUACAUGACAGUGAUAAGAGAUGAAGGAGAUUGUAUUAAAGAGUUUGCAAGUUUCAAGGAGUCUAAAGUGAUAGAAGCACCGGAGAGUUGGUUGGAUUUGAGGAUUAAAGGAUCUCAACUUAGUCAGUACUUUAGAAGGAAGUGUAAGCAUAGUCCAAAAGGGUUGUUUUCUUAUCCAGCUGAUGUAAACGGGACUCGAUACUCGUUGCAUUGGGUGUCGGAGGCUCAUCGGAACUCGUGGCACGUCCUUCUCGACGCGACUGCUUUUGUUGUUGGUGGGGAACGCUUGAAUCCUCUUCUACAUAGGCCUGAUUUUGUGUUGUGCAGUCUUGAUAAUACACAUGCAAAUCCUUCUAGGAUCAUUUGUCUUUUGAUUAGGAAGACAUCGUUUGAUACUACAAUGGCAGCGUCCCAAGCUGCUGAAUGAUGAGUAGUUUGUUUGUCAUGUGUUUCGGCUUCAUUGUAAUA